AUGACGGGGAAAGCGGGGGAAGCGCUGAGCAAGCCCAAAUCCGAGACAGUGGCCAAGAGUACCUCGGGGGGCGCCCCGGCCAGGUGCACGGGGUUCGGCAUUCAGGAGAUCCUGGGUUUGAACAAGGAGCCCCCCAACUCCCACCCGCGGGCUGCCCUCGACGGCCUGGCCCCCGGGCACUUGCUGGCGGCGCGCUCGGUGCUCAGUCCCGCAGGAGUGGGCGGCAUGGGGCUACUGGGGCCCGGGGGGCUCCCCGGCUUCUACGCGCAGCCCACCUUCCUGGAAGUGCUGUCCGACCCGCAGAGCGUCCACUUGCAGCCGCUGGGAAGAGCGUCGGGGCCGUUGGACACCAGCCAGACGGCCAGCUCGGAUUCUGAAGAUGUUUCCUCCAGCGACCGAAAAAUGUCCAAAUCGGCUUUAAACCAGACCAAGAAACGGAAGAAGCGGCGACACAGGACAAUCUUUACUUCCUACCAGCUAGAGGAGCUGGAGAAGGCAUUCAAUGAGGCCCACUACCCAGAUGUCUAUGCCCGGGAGAUGCUGGCCAUGAAAACGGAGCUUCCAGAAGACAGGAUACAGGUCUGGUUCCAGAACCGCAGGGCCAAGUGGAGGAAACGGGAGAAGUGCUGGGGCCGGAGCAGCGUCAUGGCGGAGUACGGCCUCUACGGGGCCAUGGUGCGGCACUCUAUCCCCCUGCCAGAGUCCAUCCUCAAGUCCGCCAAGGACGGCAUCAUGGACUCCUGUGCCCCGUGGCUGCUGGGGAUGCACAAAAAGUCGCUGGAGGCAGCCGCGGAGUCGGGGAGGAAGCCCGAGGUGGAGCGCCAGGCCCCGCCCAGACUGGACAAGAUGGAGCCGGAGGAGCGGGGCCCCGACCCUCCAGCGGCCAUGUCCCAGGAGGAACUGAGAGAGAACAGCAUUGCCGCGCUCCGAGCCAGAGCUCAGGAGCACAGCACCAAAGUGCUGGGGACUGUGUCUGGGCCCGACAGCCUGGCCCGGAACGCCGUGGAGCCCGAGGAGGAGGAGGCCAUGGACGAAGACAGGCCCACGGAGAAGCUGAGUCCGCCGCAGCUGGAGGACAUGGCUUAGAUCAAGGGCUCGCAGAUCCCGAGCCCCAGGACUCUGCUCUCCUCGGGGCCUGUGGUGUUGGGAGGUGUUCUCUGAGGCAGGGCUUGGGCCUGGCCUCUGCCACCCUCCUCCUGCCCCACGGGGGCCCCCAUGACCCCCCCGGGGCUGAUUUCAGGCACAACUCAGUUCUGGCCAAGGGUUUGGGCCGUGCUGAGACACCCCCUAUCUAGUCUUGACCUCUCUGGCAUCUUCCUUCUCAUCCCAACAUCCCUGCCUCAGAAGCCUUCUUGCUGCCCCAAACCAUCUCCUCAAGCCACUUUCACUCAACCCCUUGGUGACUCUCAGUGUCCAGAUCCACCCCUCACUCUGUUCUCUUGCUUGAAAGAGGCCCCCCAGCCCCGCUCCCUAGCCCUAUACCCCCUGUGGAUUCUGCUCUGCCCAGGCCCAAAGCCCACUGCUGCCAACUCAUUACCUGCCGCAACAGUACCAGGGACUGAGGACCUGCAUUCUAGUACCAGUGCCCUGAGCUCCCCCAGGCUUUGGCAAAACUGUGCUCCUCGGCCUGUUCCCUCCUGAGGGCCUGGGCCUCCGCAGUGUGGAUAUUACCCCCCCAAAACACAUACCCAUAGGCCCAAGCUCAACCUCUGCCCCACCCCAUUGAUGGGGCCCAGAUUCCAGGUUAAACUUGGAAGGUGUUCUCCUGAACCCCUCAGCCCCCCUCCAUCUCAUGUCCUCUGUAGUCACCCUUGUGAACCUGCCUGCCCUCUCCACCCACCCCGCCCCCACCCUCGGCCUGCCCCACUGCUCUCCCCAGCAUGAGACCACAGACACUCUACCUGUAGAGUCCAGGGCCAGUGCCCUGCAGACAGCAGGCACCUGUCAAAAAUGCUGUGGUCAGGGCACUGUUGGGGAGGCCAGACUCUUACCCAGAGCCUUUGGGCCUGCGUUCUGAA